UUCAUUUGUUUGUAUCUUUUUCAUCUGAAAAAAUGAACAUUCAUCUAAUUUGCCUAAUUACCCUAUGGACGAACGUUUAUGGCUAUCAUGUGGUUGACAUGACGGAAACGGAACCAGUCUGCGUUGAAUGUGGCGAUUUAUGCUCAUAUGUUGCCAUAACUGGCAAUGGUUAUUGGUGUAGUGAUAAUGAAACUAUCUUAUAUCAAAUGAAUGAAACGUCUACGAAUGCUUCGACAACAACAAUAACAACUACAAUUGAAGAAGAGAUCGAGGAAGAUGAAGAGAUAGUGCAGCUCGAUAACAGUAGCUUGUCAAAGUGUCUGCCCAAGAAUUUAGCUUUAGAGGGAAUACAAAAGGGUUAUUGUUGCACAUGGUCGGUUAACCUUGGAUGCCAAGUGAUUGGAGCUACUGCAGUAGCAAGACAACUAGAAACUUUGCCAUUUUAUUGCAACAUCUGUAGAAUGCAAUGUGGCUGCAAGUCGACUGUAAGUUUUCCUUCAGCUGCCAGCCAGUUGAUUUUUUGCAUGGCUACUAUGAUCACUGGAAUUUUAUAAUCAAUGCCCAUGGUAGCAUAUGCUGCCUGCCUGCCUGCCUUCCGGCCAGCUGGUCAC